ACGCUCCGUCGAGGUGAGCGCUCACAAGCGACUCGCCAGGUCAAGUCGACGCUUGCCGUUGCAACUACCGCGCACAACCAUCCGAUCCGGAUCCCCCAUAGACCCAAUUUCCUCGUCAACUUUUCAGUCAUCACCAUGACGGACACCCCGAGAACCGAUGUCUCUCAGACCAGGUUCAGCACCCCGGUGUCGGAUUUGGACGACCAUCGUCAUCAGCCUGAAUCCAUGCCUCGAGUAGACGCCGGAUCCCCAGCCCGCUCUCGACGCCCGACUUUUGCAAGCGUGCAGGGUCUCCCCGAUCGUCUGGUCCCACUUCAAUAUGUCAACGAUGCGCUUGAAGCCAACGAUGUGACCACCCGCGAUUUUGAGACUGCUGUGGUGGACGACGACCUAUCGCCUCAGGAUCCUCACGCAAGGCGUGGUUCGUUUGCCCACAGCCCUGCGCAUGCUCGUCGCGACACUUUCAGGCGCCCUCGAGACCCGGCCAUCGAGCGCCUCACCCGGGGUAGAGCUUCUUCGACUUCUUCCCGUUCCGUGUCUCCGCCAAACUCGGUCGAUGCUUUUGCUGAAGCUCGUCCGCGCAACCGUGACCGUGCCAAUACUGUUAACAGCCGACCUCCUUCCGAGCUGGAACUUGCCCUGCAGCGGACCGUGUCAACAGAUACACGGAGACGCCCCACCAUCAGCGACGAACGUCCUCCAGAAAUUACCAAAGCUGACACGGCUUCUACUCACAGCUCCGCUGAAGAGGAUGUGUGCUUUCCAGUCGAAGUUGACCCAGGCAAGACUACUCGAUUUGACUAUGAAGAGUUGGAGGAAUUCGUGGCAGAGGCCCAAACCAAGACGCCCAUCAGCCAGCCUUUGCGCCACAAAGCCAGCACUCGGUCCCAGCUGUCCAAUGCCAAAGCCCGGAUCUUCCCCGAUCUCCGACCCAAAUCAAGCCAAUCCAAUGCACCCAAAACUGAUGCGGAUGCUGCCACGCUCAAGAAUAAUGUCGACCCUGCAACACAGGAGAAGCUUGCCGAAGAAGGAUUGGCCCACAUGUUCAACGGCCAAAAGGCCCCCCUAGCGAACCUCAACCGGUGGACGUUCUUCUCGUCCGAACUUGACGAUACAAUCCACGCUGCUGAACUCGGUGGACUCCUCAUGCCCGGCGAGCGUUUCCGCGACCUCUUUGAGCUUCCGUACGACAACGGUGUUUGGUGGUUGGACAUGGUGAACCCCACUGAGGAAGAGGUGUUUGCGGUUUGCAAGGCUUUCGGUGUGCAUCCUCUUACGCGGGAGGAUAUCACCAUUCAAGAGCCUCGCGAGAAGGUGGAGUUAUUCCACCAGUAUUACUUUGUCUGUUUCCGGUCCUUCCAGCAGGCAAACCGCCAAGCCGAAGACUACCUCGAGCCUGUCAACUUCUAUGCCGUGGUAUUCAAAGAGGGCCUCUUGACAUUCACGUUCACCGAGAGCCCACACACGCUCAACGUUCGCAAGCGCAUCAGCCGUCUUCGUGACUACAUCAACCUGAACAGCGACUGGAUCUGCUAUGCUUUGAUCGAUGACAUUGUGGAUAGCUUCGCUCCUGUUCUCCGUUCCAUCGAGGAAGAGACAGACGCCAUUGAAGACCAAGUGUUCACGGCUCGGAUCGAGGACUCUCGCGAGAUUCUUCGUGCGGUCGGAGAUUGCCGCAAGAUGGUCAUGCAACUGCUCCGCCUCCUUGGAGGAAAGGCAGACGUGAUCAAGGGGUUUGCCAAGCGAUGCAACGAGAACUACAGCAUUGCCCCCCGUGGAGACGUGGGACUCUACCUGAGCGAUAUCCAGGAUCACGUGGUGACGAUGAUGUCGAACUUGGGUCACUUUGAAAAGAUGCUUUCGCGUUCGCACUCCAACUACCUCGCGCAGAUUUCUGUGGACCAAGUCAUUCAGGGCACGCACUCCAACGUCACGCUAGGCAAAGUGACGGUGAUUGCGACAAUUCUUGUUCCGCUGAAUCUCAUCUGCGGUCUGUUUGGCAUGAACGUCAAGGUGCCAGGCCAAGAUGGAAGCAUCGCGUGGUUCUUUGGUAUUCUUGGGGUGAUCAUCUUGUUUGUUGCUACGUGCUUGGGAGUGGCGAAGAAGAUGCGUUAUAUCUGA